GACAGAGGAGCUGCAGCAGCUCUCCUCACAUGCUAAGGUAACAGCAGAGAGCAGCCCGGCUGCAAACUCCAGACAAACUUUAUUCUCUCCUCGCCUGCAUUCUGUCCACUGACCUCCUGGAUCAGAGUAGACGUGGUUCAGAGGAACUUAUUAUGCCAGACUCUUUGAAGACAAACUAACGGCAGUGGACCAUAUCUUGUAUGUUGCUGUGGUGUCAUGGCCCGCCUCAUGAGAAUAGAAUUAAUACUGCUGAAGUGCAUCCUUCUCUACCUGAGUGGCUGCCUGUGUCAGCGCGACUGCACUGGAGUGGAUUGUCCUCUGUUAGAGAACUGUAUUGAAGAAGUACUGGAGAGAGGCACGUGUUGUGCUUCAUGCAUGCAAAAAGGGUGCACAUGUGAGGGUUACCAAUAUUAUGAUUGCAUCAAUGCUGGAUUUAAGAAUGGCAAAGUACCAGAGGGAGACUCUUAUUUUGUGGACUACGGCAGCACAGAAUGCGCCUGCCCUGAGGGAGGCGGCCGAAUAAGUUGCCACUUUAUCAGCUGUCCUGAUCUUCCUCCUAACUGCAUUCAGGUUUCAGAGCCUGCAGAUGGCUGCAGGCAGUGUGAGAGUGUUGGAUGCAUCCACGGUGGACAAAAGUAUGAAGGUGGGCACACCUUCCACAUUGACCGCUGCCAGGUGUGUCACUGCCCUAAUGAAGGUGGGACAUUGAUGUGCUACACUGUACCUGAUUGUGAUCCACAUAAAACCCAUAAGGCCAUGCUGUCUGCUUUGCCAGAUGUUGACACAGCCAGCAGACAUAACAGUGACCCUUACAGAUUUCAGCAACAAGGUCCCACAGAACAUUCAUCCACACCAUACCACCUGUCACCCAGUGGGAAUCUUCCUCUUUUUAAAUCUUCUCCAUUGGAAAAGGAUGAUUUAGAGGACUAUGAUUAUGGUCCGACAGAACUUCCAGAGACAUACUAUGACUCUUUGUCCUUUUCUACUGAGUCUUCCUCUUCCAGUAAGGUCAUCUCAGAACUCCGUGACUCUGAAGUACCUCACAGAACCUCUAAGAUUCUGAACUUUGAAAGAGGACCCAAGCUGGAGCUGAGAGAGCGAUACGGGGUUCAUGACCAUCCCACCAACAGAGAAAUUACAGAAAGACCCCUGAUAGUAGACCAGAGUAUGGAAGCCACUUCUUCUUUGCAACCCUCAGAGGGUCUAACAAGUGGACAAAAUGCCUUAUUCAAUCCAGAGACAGAUUUUCAGAAUCCUUUGCAUACACGUAGCAGUCAAGAUGAUGUCAUAUUUCCUCUCAAAGGUGUAGGCAGUGAAGAACCCCAGGAACAUCCACAGAGGAUUGCAGAGUAUCCCAUUCAUCAUCAGACAAGCUUUGAGGAUGGGAUACAUAGCCACAGUACAUCAAAGAGUGUGACACAUGGAAAUUUAGACAAUCACACCAGCGUUCAUUAUCCAGUGAGAGGUACAAUCAGUGAAGACAAUCAACUGAGAGGAUCCGAUGUGGUAAAUUUCACAAUGUACAGGGAAAGAGACCAAGAAACUUCACUUCACUCAGAGGGAACCUCAAAUGGUCAGGCCCAACUGGAGGGGACAGUGGCAUCAGAUUAUUACAGAGGUUUGGAUGAAGAAGGGGGUGAAUCAAACAUUGUAAGUUUUCAGAGUGUUAAUGAGGUUGAAGAAAAAGAUGUGCCAGACAAUGUCAAGUCAAUGCAACAGGAAAGAAGCCACAAUGAUUCAAAUAUCAGCAAUCCCACUCCCUAUGAAAGGACCACAGCUGAGCCCAGCACCAGCUACCCCAGUAUGCAGGAGUAUCAAACAACCCCCACAGUUCAUUUUAGCACCAAAAGCCAGUCAACAAUAAGGGCUGACAUUGAUCACAGUCAGCCCAUUGAAAUGCCAGAUCAACUAUUUAACCAUCCCAGCGAUGGCCACGAUGAGAGACAGACAGAGGUGCCGGAGGGUCACAAUGAAGAAUGGCCGUUUAUGCUUCCCACAAGUGGGGGUAAGUCAUAA